UACGACAAAAGCCUGUACGUUGGGUAAUGUCGGUACAUCGUGGAGAAGACGAAACCUAAUAUCGCUCUCCCGGAUCGCUCUCUAGUGAUUUUUAAAUCGAUAAAACUGCCGGAACCUCGCAGGAUUAAGCGGUAAACUGGAAAAUUAGUUUGUACGAGUUUGCCGGGAUAUGAGGAGACAACUCUGACCUAAUAACCACCUCCCUCUUUGCUUGUUGUUUUUGUCGCCAGCUGUGUGUGUCCAUUCAAAUAUGGCGGAGGACCUUGACCCAGAAGCUAUAGCAAGAGCCAAUCGAGAAAGAGCUGAGAUUGUCAAUCGCUAUGAUAGGGGUAGGGAUGAUGGUGCUCCAAUUGACCCGUGGGAAGAUGCUGGCUUUAGAGUUUAUAAAGUUACAGAUAGAUUUGGCUUUCUGCAUGAACAUGAACUUCCAUCUGUUCCUGAUGAAGAAGAACAAAAGAUGAAGACUGUUGAAAUGGAUCGUCUUCAGAAAUGGUUAAAAAUGAUGAAAGCAUGGGACAAGUAUUACCCAAGCGAAAAAUUGCAGCGUAGAGUAUACAAAGGGAUCCCACACUCGAUACGAGGUGAUAUAUGGUCUAGGCUACUGGAACUUAAAAAAGUCAAAGACGAACAGGAUGGCAUAUACGAGAUGAAAUCCAGAGCUAGAAAAAUGUCGCCAGAUAUUCGGCAAAUAGAUCUGGAUGUGAACCGGACAUAUCGUGAUCAUAUCAUGUUCAGAGAUAGAUAUGGCGUCAAACAACAGGCAUUGUUUCAUGUGUUAGCUGCCUACUCAAUGUACAACACGGAGGUUGGUUACUGCCAAGGGAUGAGUCAAAUAGCGGCGCUGUUGUUGAUGUAUUUAAAUGAAGAAGACGCAUUCUGGGCGCUAUCACAGUUAUUAACAGAUACCAAACAUGCUAUGCAUGGAUUUUUUAUUCCCGGUUUCCCAAAGCUGUUAAGAUUUCAAGAUCAUCAUGAUAAAAUAUUAAAGAAAUUUAUUCCUAAAGUCAAGAAACAUUUUGCCAGGUAUGAAAUCUAUCCUAGUCUCUAUACUAUGAAGUGGUUCUUUCAGUGUUUUCUGGACAGGGUACCAUUUACACUAACGUUACGGACAUGGGAUAUCUAUAUGCUAGAGGGUCAGAAGAUUUUAACUGCCAUGUCAUAUAACAUUCUUAAAAUGCACAGAAGAUCUAUUUUGAAAAAGAAUAUGGAGGAAGUUGUGUGGUUUCUGCAACAGGAUCUAGCAAAUGACUUUGGGUUCAGGGACGAUGAGUGUAUUGAGUCGCUUCAGGAAUGUAUAGCUGAAUUACGACGAUCAAAAUUGAUCGUUCCACAAACCCCUAAAUCAAAUAUUGAACUUCCACAGCUGCCAUUUGGACUCUUACGACAUACUAAUUAUUAUCAAGCUACGGGUGUGCGGCAGCCGCUGAGCGAGAAUGAAAAAAGUCAAAUAGACAAAACUGACCGGCCAGAUGUACGCUUUCUGUCAGUGAAAGUAAUUCUCAAAUGUCAGUUGCUCAGUCAAAUAUAUCCUCAUUCACACAGAUGUCGUCGACAACCGACGGACGGUCACGGCGGUCUCCAAACGGCCGGUACUCGGCACAGACAAGCGUGACAAGUAUGAG